UUUUCUCAGUCUGUAAUCAACUCACAGUCCGUUCAAGUCAACUUCCUUUAUAGAAAAAAGACAAUAUCCAACCAAACGUCAAUUUGAUCUGCGGAAGCUUUCAAUCUCCGCCAGCCGUGAAUUUUCAUCACGGGUAUUUUAUUUUAAAAUCGUUGAACUGAUCAAAAUCUCAAGAUGGAACCAACAAAAAUUGAAGAGCUUCCUGAUAGAGUUGCAGAUAUGUUUGAAGGUCAGAAUAUUUUGAUAACUGGUGGAACAGGAUUCCUUGGAAAAGUUAUGAUUGAGAAGUUUCUCCGUUGCAUCCCGAACGUUGGUAAACUUUAUCUUCUUGUAAGGGCUAAGAAAGGAAAAGAUCCAAAACUACGUUUAGAAGAAAUUUUUAAUUCACCACUUUUCGAGAAGGUGAAGGAACUUCGAGGAUUACCAUUUAUUUGUGAAAAAGUCCAUGUAAUUAAUGGCGAUGUGUCACUUCUCGAUUUGGGAUUAUCAGUUGAGGAUAGGCAAAUAUUAUGUGAAAAGAUUAAUAUUGUCUAUCAUGCAGCAGCAACCAUCAGAUUUGAUGAGCCAUUGAAGAGAGCUGUACUACUUAAUACUCGAGGUACAAAGAAUAUGCUAGACUUGGCUAAACAAAUGAAGCAUUUAGUACUAUUUGCUCACAUCAGUACAGCAUAUUGUCACCUGGAAGAGAAAAUUCUCGGUGAAAAGCCAUAUCCACCUCCGGCAGAUCCACAUAAAAUAAUUAAAUGUGUGGAAUGGAUGGAUGAUGAUGUAGUAGAAGCAAUGACAAGUAAAAUUCUUGGUAAUUUACCCAAUACUUAUGCUUUCACUAAAGCUCUUUCUGAAGGAUUAGUUGAAGAAGCUAUGAAAGAACUUCCGGCAAUUAUUCUUCGACCCAGCAUAGUUAUUCCAAUAUGGAAAGAGCCACUUCCAGGUUGGACUGAUAACAUAAAUGGGCCAACUGGUUUGCUUAUUGGAGCCGGAAAAGGAGUAAUUAGAACAAUGUUAUGUGAUGAACGUGGAUAUGCUGAUUAUCUUCCUGUAGACAUAGCGAUAAAUGCUAUUUUUGGUUGCUCAUGGAAUUACAUAUAUUGCAAAGAUGAAAGUAGACGAGUAUAUAAUUUAACAAGUAGUCAUCAGUUCAAGGUAUCCUGGAGUGAAAUACUCGAUCGUGGUCGACGAAUCACUGAAAAAGUACCAUUAAAUGGAGUACUUUGGUAUCCAGGUGGUAGUAUGAAGAAAUCAAAACUUAUGCACAAUAUUUGUGUCCUACUUUUCCACAUGUUGCCAGCUUACUUUAUUGAUACUAUAUUGUUCUUUACUGGCCAUAAACCUAUUAUGUGUCGAAUUCACCGACGUAUCCAAAAAGGUUUUGAAGUAUUUGAAUACUACGCUAAUAGACAAUGGGACUUCAAAAAUGACAAUAUAGAUAUAAUUAGAUCAAAAUUUAAUGAUUUAGAACGGAAAAAUUAUAAAGUAGAUGGAGAAGAUAUGGAUAUGGAUGCUUAUUUCGAAGCUUGCAUUCGAGCAGCAAGAAUUUAUAUUCUUAAUGAACCUCCAGAAACACUUCCAGCGGCACGACGACACAUGAGAGUGAUGUACUGGGUAGAUGUUUUCACCAAAAUAAUCUUUUUUGGCCUGAUCAUUUAUACCUUAUUCAGCUGGACUGAAGGUUUUAAAGCCAUACUUAAAAAUUAAUUAUCCGCUCAUUAAUGAUAUUUUAUAUUCUUGAUCAUAACAAUUUAGACUUUUUUAAAAUUCUUAUUCCAUUAAUACCUUUGUAUAGUAUGUACUUGAGUCAAAUCAAUCUAUUCAUCAAAUAUAAAAAUCUUCAUUUUCAUAAAUUGUAAAAUAAACAACGACAGGAUAUGUAUUGUAA